CUAAAACAUAAUACAGUGCAAACAAACCAAACCAACCACCCACAGAUAACAGUACAUACAAGCAAGCGUCGUCAGGCAGGCCGGGUCAAUAUCAAUAGGGCAGGUAGGUACAGGGGGAGCAAGCGGAGAUGGGUCGGGGUCACAGGCCAGGUUCAGCAGGUAGCAAGCAGCGUGGUACAGAGGGUCAGGCAGAGGGAUGGUCAGGAGCGAGCCGGGAUCAGAGCAGGAGAAGUCAGCAGCGGUUCAGAUCAGGCAGGGUCAGCAAAGGAACAGAAACAGGAUGCAGGACAGAUACAGGGCCCAGGACAAACACAACACCAAGGCAGAGUCUGUGGGUCUGGCCAU